GGAAACUCCUCAAACGCAUCAUUCACCAUGUCUGAUCAGCCCCAGAACCCCGCCCAGCCUCCCGCCGCGGCCCCCGCCGAGGGCGCGCCUGCUGGCCCCAGCAAGUCGGAGCUCAAGAAGCGCGCCAAGGAAGCCGAGAAGGCCAGAAAGGCUGCUGAGCGGGCCGCCCGCGAAGAGGAGGAGCGCCAGAGACGCGAAGCAGCUGCCGCCGUCGACAAUGCCUCGCAGAACUAUGGCAAGCUGCCACUGCACCAGUCGCAGGAGCGUCUCGGCCGCGAGUACCUUCAGUUUGAGAAGCUCUCGGACGCCGACAUCGGCAAACAGGUGGUGUUCCGUGCGCGCAUGCACAACACUCGCGCACAGGGCGCAAAGAUGGUUUUCCUUCAGUUCCGCCAGCAGACCGAGACUCUCCAGGGCGUGCUGGUUCAGUCCAAGGACAGCGAUGAGCACCAGGUUUCGAAGCAGAUGCUCAAGUACGCGACCACCAUUCCCGCUGAGUCGAUCGUCACUGUUGAGGGUGUGAUCAAGGCGGCCGAGGUCAAGUCGUGCACGAUCCAGACGUACGAGGUCUCUGUGCAGAAGCUGUACACUGCUGUUGAGGCGCAGACCCUGCCCUUCUCCAUGGCGGAUGCGUCGCGUGACGAGGCCGACUUCCAGAAGGCCGAGCAGGACGAGAACCUCCAGUAUUCGCGCGUCAACCUUACCACCCGUCUUGACAACCGUGUCAUGGACCUGCGCACGCCCGCGAACCAGGCGAUUUUCCGCAUGCAGUCUGGCAUUUGCCAGCUCUUCCGCGAUCACCUCAAUGGCCUGGGCUUCAUCGAGAUCCACACGCCCAAGUUGCAGGGCGCUGCGACCGAGUCGGGCGCUUCCGUCUUCAAGGUCAAGUACUUCGACGGUGAGGCGUUCCUUGCUCAGUCGCCCCAGCUCGCCAAACAGAUGUGCAUUGCCGCCGACAUGGAGCGCGUGUACGAGAUUGCGCCCGUGUUCCGUGCCGAGAACUCCAACACUCACCGCCACAUGACGGAGUUCAUGGGUCUUGAUCUCGAGAUGGCCAUCACCGAGCACUACCACGAGGCGCUCGAGGUCAUUGACUCAAUGCUCAAGGCCAUCUUCCGCGGCCUCAAGGGCAAGUUUGCCAAGGAGAUUGAGGUGAUCCGCCGCCAGUUCCCCAGCGAGGACUUUGUCGUGCUUGACAAGACGCCGAUUAUUGAGUUCAAGGACGCUGUCAAGAUGCUUCAGGACGCUGGCGCCACUGAGUCGGACGGCUCCCCGCUCAAGGACGACGCCGACCUGAGCACUGAGAACGAGAAGUUCCUCGGCAAGCUUGUCAAGGAGAAGUACAACGGCGCCGACUACUACAUUGUCGACAAGUUCCCGGCCGACUUCCGCCCCGUAAACUUGACCGCUGUGCUUGGCUGACCUUAGUUCUACUCAAUGCCCACGCCUGGUAACCCGUCGACCGUCAACUCAUACGACAUCUACAUGCGUGGAGAAGAGAUCCUUUCCGGAGCUCAGCGUAUCCAUGACCCCGAGUUCCUCACGCAGCGCAUCAAGGAGCUCGGCAUGAACCCCGACGAGCUCAAGGACUACAUUGACGCCUUCCGCCUGGGCUGCCCGCCCCACGCCGGCGGCGGUAUCGGUCUGGAGCGCGUGCUGAUGUUCUACCUGGGUCUCGGCAACAUCCGUCGCGCCUCGCUCUUCCCCCGCGACCCCAAGCGUCUCAAGCCCUAGUUGGUACAUGAUCUGAAGCACCAAAAGUGUUCGCCUCGACAUGCAUUAUCUAUUUUAUCUCUGUG